AUGUUUAUUGUUUUCUUACUUUCAACCAUAUAAGCUUUAUCAACAGGAUUAGAUGGUGGUAAAGAAUUGUGUUUAGGAAUAUAAGGAAAGAAAACUGCAUUAUUUUAAAUCUCUUUUGUGGUUUCUGGAUUCUAGGAGGAUAAUAUAGAGAUGAAAGUAAAAUGAAUUAAAAAAUUAAUUAGUUCUAUUCUCCAAGGAAAACUCUUUUAAAAUCUAGUAUAAAAUAAAAGGAAGGCAAUUAUAAAGAAAUAAUGACAGAUGAUGGAUAAUAUGAAGUGUGCUUUAAAUCAUUGGAUAAAUAUUAUAAAUUGAUUAGUUUUAACUUUGAUUUUAUUGAGGAGAAUGAUUUAGCAUUGGCUGGUAAUUGUAUUAAUUAUAUGGUUUAGAAACAAUGGAUUAAAUGGCAGAAGAUAUGAAAUAAGCAUAUAGAAGUUUAAAAACAAUAUAAAACAAUUAACAUUAUUAAAACGAUAGAGAGAAUGAACAUUAAAGAAUGUUAGAAUCAACAGAGAAGAAAUUGUGGUGGUGUUCAGCAGGUAAAAUGGGAGCUUUAAUUGUGAUAUGCAUUUCUCAAAUUUACAUGUUAACAGGAUACUUCAAAGGGAAAUAAUUUGGCCCAAAUGUUUGAGAUUUUU